UUUCCAAAUCCCUUUUCUAUUCCCCUCUCCCUCUCCCUCUCCCUCCCCCUGCUGAAAACGAGAACGGAACGGAACGCGCGCGAGAAUCUCUCUCUCGCCCAUUAAUUUCCCGGCCGUCCCCUUGCGUCGAUCGAUCGGUCGAUCGCGAGCCACGCGAGUACCGAGGGACGCUACAGCGCCUUUGGUUCCUGGUUUCGUCGUCUCGUUCCGUUAAUGCUUGCGCCUAUCCGAUUCCUAACCGCGACUUGUCCUUCUGAUGCAGCGGCAGCGGCAUUGGUUGAUCUCGCCGUCGACGUCGGACGAGGGCGGCGCCGCAGGCAUGCGCCCGCAAGGCCAAGAUCCGUCCGCCCGCGGCCGCGACGCCGCCGCCGGGAUCUGAUCCAGCCCGUCCCGCCGCCACUCGCUCGCGAUCCUCUCCGGCCGCUCGCAGCAGCAGCGUGGCAGGAGGCGAGGCGGAGGAGGAGGAGAAGAUAGAGACGCAACCCACGCGCGGCUAGCUAGGGUUUGUUCCAUCUCCCCCCUCUCUCGCUCGCUCCCUCUCUCUCCCGAGGAGCGGAGGAAGGCGGAGGGCCGGAGGAGGAAGAGAGGCGGGGGAUGUCGUCGUCGAACUCGCCGUGCGCGGCGUGCAAGCUGCUGAGGCGCAAGUGCACGCAGGGGUGCGUGUUCGCGCCCUACUUCCCGCCGGACCAGCCGGCCAAGUUCGCCAACGUGCACAAGGUGUUCGGCGCCAGCAACGUCUCCAAGCUGCUCAACGAGAUCCCCGUGGCGCAGCGGGAGGACGCCGUCAACUCGCUCGCCUACGAGGCCGAGGCGCGCCUGCGCGACCCCGUCUACGGCUGCGUCGCCUACAUCUCCGUCCUCCAGCUCAAGAUCAAGCAGGUGCGCGAGGAGAUCGCCAACGCGCGCAAGGAGCUCGCCGGCUACAUCGGCCAGGCAGCCUACGCGCCCGUCGUCCCCGUGCAGCACCCCCACGCGCAGUACGCCGCCGCCGGCAUGGGCCUCGUCCAGCCCCACCCGCACCCGCACCAGCAGAUGGCGAUGCAGCAGCAGCAGCACCCGUACCACCAGCAGCAGAUCGCCGAGGCGCAGCACCUGGCGGCCGUCGUCGAGGUGGCGCGCGCCGGGCAGCAGCAGCAGCAGCAGCAGCAGCAUCACCACCAGCACCAGCAGCACGAGAUGAUGAUGAUGCGCCAGACCUACGCCAACGUCCACGGCGGGGCCGCCGCCGGGCCAACGGUGGCCGUCGAGCCUCCCCAGCAGGCCGCGGCCUACGACGGCACCGCCCCGUUCCUCAUCCAGCAGCAAGCGUCGCCUUCCGCCCUGACCUACCGCAUGGAGGAGCCGUCCCCGCCGCCGCAGUCCUCGGGCCACUCCCACGUCGACAUGUCCCACGCGCCGCAGCAGCAGCGUCAUCAGCACACGGACGGCAGCGACGAGGGGAGCGGGGGCGCCCCGACGGCCUGAUGGCCAUGCUCCCGCCUCCUUCGCCUCCCUGUGUCGAUAUUUCCCCCCUAGCUUUUUUUCCACGGUUUCUUUGAUGUUCGUUUGUUGGGCACGAGUCUUUUCGUCUUCUUGAUCAUAUGAUAUCGAACUGGCAUCGCCAUGGCUCCCCGGAAAGCAUAUCCAUGGCUCCCGGAGGCGGACAAGCUGGUGAUCUUGCUCAAGCAUAUCCAUGGCACACUCAGAACGAUGUCACUGUUGCAUUAGUUUGUGUUUGGAUUCAUUAUUGCAACCAUGUUAAUUUCCUUGAAACGAUUCAUUACUCCAUAAAAUAGCAGAAAGAAAUGCGGAUUCUCGAAAGAUAACGAUGCAAUUUUCGUGGUUCGUUA